AUGGUGCAAUGUUGUUCUGACUCUUGUUGUUUUGUGUUGGUUGUGCGAAAGCCGACCAGACUCGACGGCCUAGUGAAAACAGGCCAGGGUUGUGCGAAAGCCGACCGACUGACAGACAGGCCCAGUGAAAACAGGCCCUUGGUCGUGCGAAAGCCGAUCAGACUCGACGGCCCAGUGAAAACAGGCCAGGGUUGUGCGAAAGCCGACCGACUGACUGACAGGCCCAGUGAAAACAGGCCCUUGGUCGUGCGAAAGCCGAUCAGACUCGACGGCCCAGUGAAAACAGGCCAGGGUUGUGCAAAAGCCGACCGACUGACUGACAGGCCCAGUGAAAACAGGCCUUGGAUUCUGUGGAAACGAAUCAGCCUCGUUGUUUUGUUUAUGUUGUGCUAUUUGUGGACCUAG